AUGGGUCUUGUCCGAGGAUCAGACCUAUAUUCUGUUCUUGUUCUGAAUUUGGUCCUGAACAUCAUUGUGCUGAUCUGUAAUGGAGGCAAAACCAGUAGAUUUGUGAGGAAACUAGAGAAAAUUGUUGAUAUGCCGCUUGAUAGUGAUGUUUUUUCGAGUAAAUACAAAUGGCUCGAAGAGGAGUUCCCAAAGGUUAGCAGAAGGGGAACUCCAUAUUAG